AGUGUGUGUGGGUGGGGAGAAAGGGAGAGAGAAAGAGGGAGGAGAGAGUUAUUUCUUAAUAAAGACACUUGUCACAACAUAUUGAUUUAGCAUCCAUUUGCCUUGAGUUUGAACAACUGCCUGCUGCUAAUCCCAAUACUGAGCUGGACAACAGGACCACUGAGCUGGACAUGGCAUUCAAUGGAAAAUGGAAAAUCCACAGUCAGAAUAACCAUGAAGAGUUUCUUAAAGCAAUGGGUGAGAACUCACAUACACAUUUCUUAGAACAAUCUCAUGAGUGUGUUCAAUGGUAGUACUGUAUUCUAGAAACUUUGUCAAUAAUGGUUGUUUUUUUAUGUUGCAAUUAUGUUCUUUAGCUGUCCCUGAGAUGUUGGUCAAAAUGAUCAAGGGUGUCAAGCCAACGACAAUAAUUGAGCAGAAGGGUGACAACUUCACCAUCAGAGUUGAGACUCCUCUCCGUACUGUCACCAACUCAUUCACUAUAGGGAAUGAGGCAGAAAUCACUGCCAUGGAUGGGAGAAAGUUUAAGGUAAUUCAUAAUUCAUGAAAUUGUAUGUGACGUGCAUGGACCUAUGGUCAUGACUCUGCUUGUUCAGCAGCCAGGAGAGUGGGAGAGCAUCACAAAGCUUUGUUUAUUUGCAUGGUGCUAUGUAUCUGUCUCCUUUGUUGUAGUUUGAUAUUUACAUACAGUAGGUGCAGCUGCAGCAGGGUGUGUGAGUGUUUUGUGUUUCCUCUCUGACCCAUAGUGUACUGCCAGACUGGAGGAUGGGAAGCUCAUCUGCGAUACAGAGAAGUUCUCCCACGUCCGAGAAAUCCAAGGGGAGGACAUGGUUGAGGUAAAUGUCAUCACUACGCUUUUAAAUGUAUUACUGUAAUAUAGUUGCAUUAAAAUAAAUUUAAUUGAAUGCACUUUGUCCUAAUGUCCUAAGUUAGGGGUUAGCACUAACCCAAGCCCCCCCCCUAAAAAAAGAAAAGAAAAUGAAUUGCCUGCCCCAUUCAAUCUGUGGUAGUUCAUUCAUGUUUUUCUGUGUUAGUGACUGUCCUCUUUCCCAAUUUUUCAGACUAUCACUGCGGCCUCUACAACCCUAACCAGGAUAAGCAAGAGAGUCUGAUCUCUAAAGCCACAGAGACAAGGAUUACAUUUUCAAUUAAUUAAUUUAGUUAAAAUACCUUUUAUCUCAGUUAAUAUAAUAGCUAUAGUGGUGUAAUGCAAAAUAUUACAUUAAAAAGACAAAUGACUCAAUAACAUUGCAUCUGCUCAUUUUCUGUGUAAUUUAGACCCAGGCAUUUUAAAAGCCCCAAAGCAAAUGUAUUUCUCUAACAAAACCAAUACAAAAUGGAUAGCUUUCCCUGCCACCUUGUGGUUGUUGAAUAAUCUGCAAUCAUUGUAGUACUGCAACG